AUGGACAGUUCGGCGUCCUUCGUCUUUCCUUCAGGAGGAGAAGGCCUCCUCCGAACGACGUCCCUUCCAUACCUCGCCGGCGCAAUCGCCAUUGCUGCGGUCGUCGUUGUUUUUUCUCGAAUUGUGCAUGCGAAAUUCAUUCACCCACUUCGAAACUUCCCCGGUCCUCUGCUCAACAGCGUGAGCUCGAUCCCGGCUGCCUACCUCGUCUACAAGGGCACGCAGCCUCGCGCUUUCCAGAAGCUGCACAAGAAAUAUGGCCCUGUCGUUCGCACUGGACCGAAUGAAUUGAGCUUCAUCGGCGCUGAUGCGUGGGAGGACAUCUACGGCGUUCAGAAAGUCGGCGCCAACUUCCAAAAAGACCCAGCCUGGCUUGCUGUUGUCUCGCCCAAGGACGGCCAAACUGGUGUUAGCCUUGCGCCGCCAGAAACGCACACUCGUCAGCGAAACGCACUAGGAGCUACCUUCACAAACGAGGCUCUGCUCACUCAAGAAGAGCAUCUUCAGAUUCACGUUGACAAGUUUAUGGAAGUUUUGAGGGAUCAUUCAGCCAAGAACAAGGCUAUUGACUUCUCUCACUGGUACACUUAUCUGGCAUUUGAUAUCAUUGGCGAAGUCGUCUUCUCCGAGCCAUUCGGCACUCUCGACGAAGGUGAGAAUACUCAAUGGGCGAGAGCAAUCAACGACAUUUUCCAAUCCGGUGCCUGGGAGCAAGCUUUCGGACAAGUAGCAGGUGUCGGCACCUUGCUCCAUCGUUUGAUGGUUGAGGCUUUCAUCCCGGAAGCACCCAAAAUCUGGCGCCAGAAGCAUCUUAACCAAGCCACGCAAAAGACGAUGCGUCGACUUGCUAGCAAAGACCGUCCUCACCCAGACAUGAUCGGUCAUAUUCUCCAGAACAACGAGACUAAGAAGGCGAAGUUGUCCGAGACAGAACUCAUUCUCAACAUGGUCCAAUUUAUAUCCGCAGGCAGUGAGACAACAGCCAGCCUUCUGACCGGUUGGACAUACUUCCUCAUCGCCAACCCUGAAGUUUACAAGAAGGUCGUCGAGGAGGUUCGGGGAACUUUCAAGUCUGCCGACGAGAUUACGUGGGCAAGCAUGGGCAAAUUGGAAUACCUCCAAGCAACCGUCGAUGAAGCCCUCCGCCUUGUAUCGCCAGCACCCUGCAAUCAACACCGCGUUGUGCCCCCAACCGGCGCAGGCAACACCAUCGACGGUCAUUUCGUUCCCGCCGGCGUGACUGUCGCCACUGCGCCAUGGGUCGCCGAGCGUCACCCUGACAACUUCACUGACCCAGAGAAGUUCGCACCUGAGCGGUGGCUCGGUGCUGAGCGAUACAAAAACGACAAGCUGCAUGCUUCGCAGCCAUUCGGCUUGGGGGUACGGGCGUGUGUGGGAAAGAACUUGUCAUACUUCGAAGCGAGAUUGUUGAUGGGUCAAUUGAUCUGGAACUUUGACUUGUCGUUUGACGACAGCGCAGAGGCUGUGGCUGCGAGGAAGAAGUGGGAGGAAGCGGACAUGUUGGUGUGGCAUGUCUGGGUCAAGCCUCCAAUGCUGGUGAAGAUGACUCAAGUGAAGCAUUAG